AUGAAACGCCAAGAAAACCAGAUGUCCUUUCCAACAGCUGGUUGUGUUCCAGUGCCACUCUUCAACCAAAAGAAAAGAGCCCGUGUUCCUUUGACAUCUGCCCCUCCUGCAAAUGAACCCUUCAGUUUUAACAACACUGUUGCACCUUACAGAGCAGCAGGAAGCUUUGGAUUCUAUCAACCACAUGAACCUGAAAAGACAGUUCAUCAAGAGCAGAGAGUCCAGUUCCCAUCACAGCCUCAGAGUCAGUACAGCAGCACCAGACCAGGGCCCAGAGCUGCUCCAGCUGUCAGACAGUACUCCCCUGUGCCACAUCCUUACAAAGCAGGGAACAACAGCAAUAAAAGUGAGCAAACUAACUACUCAGUGGGACAAAAUGAUCCUGGGGUUGGCGUUUACUCCGGAUUUAAUCAAUAUCAACCUCCUCGGAACAACCCCAGUGGACCUGCGAGUCUCCCCGGGUCUUCACAGAUGUGUCAGCAGCAGAUGUCCUACAAACCUCCCAAUGCCACUUUUAAGUUUUCCCAACAGUCGACCCUUCGGUCUCCUCCAGUACAAGCAAGGACCCAUCGCACCCCUCUGAUCCAGUCCACUCAAAAACCCACCCAGCCGACCCCUCUGAAAAGCCAGCAGCAAUCUAAAGCCUGGAACUUCACUAACAGCUUCGGACCACAGCCUGUGACGUUGGAACAGAAAAAAAGCACAAAACCAAGCAACUUUCAAGUGAAGACGCAACCAGCAUUUCAGAUGAGACCUGCAAAUGGGAUGUCUCUGAGGAUCCUCACUGCAGUGAUUGACGGGAUGAGACACUGGAGCCAGUUUAGAGACAAAAUUCCAUAUUUAUUUGAGAUAUUUGCCACUCUAGACUCUGCAGUCACACUGGGGCCACACGGAGCAAAGCGUUUUAUCGUACGAGACGGGAAGGAAUUCGUCCAAUGUGUUUACUAUGAAAAUGAGAAGGAGCUUCCUCGUCUCAUUCGUGGUCAGGUCCAUCGUUGUGUGGGUAACUAUGACCGCAUCAGAAAUGUCUUGGUGUGUGUCUCCAUCCGCCCAGCACUGCCCUCAGAGCAGAGGAACGCACAAGAGGCCGUCCGGGUCUGUGAUGCAGAAAUGAGGGCUCUGGUCAAGACUUUGAGCGAAGUCUAG